AUGUCGAUCCGAUGGACAUGCCUAUCAUCUCUCCCAACUAAAGCACGAUCAUCUCACUGUGCUUCUAUCGCCAAUAAAGCCACCCUAUUGCUAUAUGCUGGCGAGUUCCAGCCACGCAAACCUGUAGAUGGAGACGUUCACGUAUUCGAUCUGAACAGCGCCAUCCAGCAAUCCGUAGCGGAUAAUGCUGGCUUAUGGCGUACCUUGUCCGCAUCAUCGAAGCCGGAACCCCGAGUGGGUGCGACAACGGUGUUCGAUGGUGAAAAUUUGUACAUGUGGGGCGGAAGGGGGGGCGUUGAUAUGACACCUCUUGACCCCAAUCAAGCGGGCAUAUGGAAGGGGCAGAUAUUGCAGAAUAAAGUAAUAUGGGAGAAGCUCGAAGGCAAGGGCGACGAGCCCGUCACGAGAAGCUUCCACGCUUCCGUCUUGGCUAAUGGAAAAUUGUACAUUCAUGCAGGUUGUCCUGCCUCUGGUCGCCUCUCCACUCUCCAUUCUUAUGAUCUGCAAUCCUCUCGGUGGUCACUCUGUGCAGAUGCGCCCGAUCCUGCGCGUGGUGGCACCGCCAUCGCUUCUGUAAAACUUCCAUCAUCUUCCUCCAAUGAGGAAGUCAUCAUUCGAUUCGGCGGUUUCGCUGGGUACCAACUCCCCACCUCAACACCACCACCCUUAGAUAUUUACACACCGAGUACCAACUCCUGGACAACCAUCGUACCGUCUGGCGAUCCGCAACAGGGAUAUCCCGGAGCACGCUCCGUCCACGGUCUCGUUCCUCUUUCCACGCCUGAUGGCACCGGGGUCGCAUUGCUCUACCACGGCGAGUCUGACGCCUCCGACCUAGGCCAUGCAGGUGCCGGUAAAUUCCGGGACGAUGCCUGGGCGCUGGUGUGGCGCGAAGGUGAUUCGACUCCGGAGGGCCGUGGCUGGUUCCCCUCGACGUCCUAUACCGCUCCUGGAGGUAACACUCGAGUAGUUCUCUCGGGUGGCCUCCUUAGUUCGAACGAGCGUAGUGGGGAAGUGUGGGUUGGCGAUGUUCAAGUCUGA